AUGCCUUCACCUUCUCAGUGCUCCACAAUAUUACAAUUCAUUUGGAACUUGAAGCUUCCAGUAUACCACGUUAACUCUGAACAAAUCAAAGUUCUGACGACUCCACAAGAGUUUUUUCAUGGUUUACUGGAUCAUAUUGGUAGCGCGAAUAAACGGAUCAUUUUAUCAACUUUAUAUAUUGGGACAGGUACACUCGAAACUGAGUUAGUUACUGCGCUUACAAAAGCCGUUCGUGAGAGAAAUGUGAAACUUACCAUUUUAAUGGAUGCUACUCGUGGUUUACGACCCACUCUUACGACUAAAUACUAUUCAGGUAUAGGCGACACAGGUAUUUCUUCGUCCACUAGAAAUCUUUUAGAACCUGUCCCAUACUCUUCAUGUCACUUUUUGGCUCCCUUGACUACCCUACCUGAUGUAUCCAUUUUACUCUACAGACAUCCUUCUGCUUAUAAAUGGAUCAAAUAUUUGCUGCCUAAUCGUUGGAAUGAAAUAUUCGGUGUUCAACAUAUCAAAGCAUAUGUCUUUGAUGAUUCACUUAUUAUGAGUGGUGCAAAUUUAAGUCAUGAAUAUUUUACAAGUCGACAAGACAGAACAUGGAUAUUUAAGAAUAUACCCGAUUUAGCCAAUUUCUAUUCUGAUCUUGUACAUGUAAUUAGUCAAUUUUGCUAUUCCCUUCGCCCAGAUGGUAGUGUAACAGCUAAUAAAAAAGAUAUUCUCUCAGCUAGUUCAUUUGUCUUUCGACAGAAACUUCACAAUGCUUUAACCAGUUUCUUUAAGAGGAAAUAUGAAGAAAGCUGUAAUAUGGAUACUUCGUCAACAAAAGAUACUUAUAUAAUCCCUUUACUUCAGUAUGGACAUUGUAAUAUUCGUUUUGAAGAAGAUUUUAUGCAACGUUUAUUCAAGUAUUUUACCAAUCAGGUUCAUUCCUCCAUCAAAUUAUUUCUAGCUUCUGGUUAUUUCAAUUUGACAAAGUCAUAUGAAAAGUUAUUCGUUGACAUGGUGAAGUUCAAUCAGGGCUCAACAGUGAAUCUCUUGUGUGCUUCACCUACGGCCAAUGGAUUUUUGAAGUCAAACGGUAUUUCGGGUUACAUACCAUUGGCUUAUAGAGAGGCGCUUAUUCAACUACUUCAGUCAUUUCACACUGGAGUUAAAUCGAAUUGUUUUGGUAUCUAUGAGUAUCAUAGACCUGAAUGGACGUUUCAUGCUAAAGGUCUAUGGGUUGAAGGAGUUAUCGGUCGUGAUGAUAGUGUGAACAGUCCUUCGUACAGCUUAUCACUUAUCGGUUCUUCAAACUAUAGCUAUCGUUCAUUGAAUCGAGAUGUUGAAAGUCAAUUGUGUGUAUUUACAUUCAGUAAACAACUCAGUCAACAUUUGCAUGAAGAAAGAAAUCAUAUUUUCUCUUCCAAGUAUUGUUAUCCUGUUACAUUAGGCCAAUUGAUUUAUCAGUCCAAUUAUCGUUUACCAUGGUAUACUAGAUUUAUGCUGCCAGUAUUUAGACGGUAUAUGUAG